AUGGGGUGGGUUUGGAGGGAUGACAACGGCGACGAACUUCGACGCGAUGUCUCUUCGGAAGGGUGCUCCACCACGAAGGUCGUCAAAUCUCAGUGCAGAACAGAGGAGGUCGAAUCUGGAAAGUUCCUCAGAAAGUGCGAGAAAACAGAAGAGCUUCUCAGGAAUUGCAUCGGAAAGCCUGUUGAAGUGUUGCAAUCCAACAAGGAGUAUACUGAAGAGGAUAUCACAGAUGAGGUACUUAAAGGAAGGUCUAUUCCAUUUAGCCCAUCAGACCGUGGUGUGUUUGAUUUCCCUGGGCUACGAAAUGAUAUCGAAGUCAUGGAACGAAACCUGUUCGGUGGUCUCAGUCGUUUCCUUGAAUCAGCUGAAGAAAUGAAGAAUGACUUUUUCGAUGUUUUUGGUAAGUCUCCAAGCAUCUUUGAUGCAGAGUCAGCUUCACCCUCUGUGAAGCGAGGGAUCCCUAUUGAAGAGCAUCGUCGGCCAGAAGCUUAUCCUAAAUCCAAGGAGAAGGAAUAA